UCUAGACCACGCCCAUUCUAGUCUCUAAUUUAAUCUUCUUGAAGACUUGAAUCUCUUAAUCAUGGCAUUGGCAUCCACUAGUUCUUUGUCCCAGGGCCAGAACAAUGAUUCGUCAAGCAUAAUAGUCAUAAUAAAUGUUACUAAGGAAACAAGCUAUGAUGGACAAGUGUUACUAAAGGAAAUUACUUGCAUAGUAAAUAGCAAACCGACAAUACAUACUGCAACACCACUGGAAGUUAAUUUAUCUAUAUCUACCGGUGGGUUAACUUUAAGAACAUACACUUGCAAUAGUCAGGUGGGGCCUUGUGACACUUGCAAUAUGCCAAAUGAUACGGAAGUUACAGUUGUCCCAGUCUUUAUACAAGGUGGCGAUUAUUCUUCUGAAAUUAUAAGUUUCAUUCAAACUCAUCUAAAUGAGUCGAAUGAUGACUCGAAUCCUCCUAAAAAUUUUAAAGUGUAUUUAGAUAAUUCAAGCAUUAGUUGUGAGUUUUUGAAAGAAGUCAUUAUAAAGCCAAUGAAAAAACUAGAAAAUCCAGGACAGAAUUGAGAUAUUGACUUUGGCUACACAAACUUUAGAGUAUUUAUCAUACAUGUGUGUGUAGUGAGUAUUAUGAACCAAUGUCUAUUAAUUUUUCUACUCUACAUAGUUUUAAUACUUAACAUAGUUUUUAUAUAAUCCUGUUAGAAGA